CAUACUGUCACUUCAGUUAUCAACGCGUGGUUGUACUUGUGAUAACGAUCUCGGAUCUUUCAAUCAGUGUGAAGUAAAUUCUAAAUUAAAAACAUCGAUCGUCAGCCGAGGCUGUGGCCUCCACCGGGCAACGUCCAAGGACUCACUCGUGUAUACCUAGAUAAUCCCAGCAUAUCACGAUGACUAGUGGAUCCUGGGAGGAGUUCUUCGCUAUCCACCUCCCGCCACCUGAUUUUGAGGACAACAGGUCCCUCCUCAAGGAAUUCUGCGAGCGACACGAACAUUAUGGCAACAAGAUUGUACUGGUAACUUCCGGAGGCACAACGGUCCCACUCGAGCACAACACAGUUCGGUUUGUAGACAAUUUCAGUGCAGGCACUCGGGGCUCUGCGUCCACAGAGUACUUUCUGGAGCAUGGCUAUGCGGUGAUCUUCAUGCACCGGCAGAAGUCUCUGGAACCCUUCACGAGACACUUCACUGGCCAGAAACUGCUGGACAUGCUCGAUAUACAAGAACGGGGGCCCAAUACUACCAUCACGGUGAAACCAGACAGCGUGGAUGUGCUGGCGCCGAUCUUGCUGCGGUACAAGGCUGCGCACGCGGCGGGCGCCAUCUUGCACGUGUCGUUCACGACGGUGUCGGAGUACUUCUGGCUGCUGCGCGCGGCGUGCGAGUGUCUCGCGAACCUCGGCCCUCGCGCGGUGCUGUACCUCGCCGCUGCCGUCUCCGACUUCUACGUGCCUAAGGAUUGCGUUCCGACCCACAAAAUACAGUCGGAAAGCGGGCCGCCCAUCAUCCAACUCCACCUGGUGCCGAAGAUGCUGGCACCGCUGGUCAACCUCUGGGUGCCGACGGCGUACGUGGUCUCCUUCAAGUUGGAGACGGAUGAGAACCUCCUGGUACCCAAGGCCAGAGCAGCCCUGGAGAAAUAUAAGCAUAAGAUGGUGGUAGGGAAUAUGCUGCAGACGCGACAUCACCGCGUCAUCAUGGUCACGCCCGACGCCACGCAAGAGAUUAUACUCACAAGGGAGGAGGUCCAUGCAGGCGUGGACAUCGAGUCGUCGAUCGUGCUGGAGAUCGUGCGCGCGCACGCAGAGCACCUGCGCGGCGCGGGCGCGGGCGCGGCGGCGGGCGGCGCCGACUGGGCCCCGCGCGAGCCGCGCUGACUCUCGCGCGCCCGCCGCCGGCUCUACCUCACGCCGGACUAGGCGGAUUCGCCCAUCGCCCCUUCUCACCUUCCGACACCUUUCGCGCCUUUCCGCCCCAUCCGCUCCUUUCCGCCCCAUCCGCCCCUUUUCGCCCCUCCCUUACAAACGUCAUCAGCAUGAAAUCUACCAUCAUUAACCCUUUCGCCCCUUUCCGCCCCCAUCCGCCCCCAUCCGCCACCUUCGCCCACUUUUAUACUUCGUGUAGUUAUCUCUAAAAUAGAACAUGGACCUAUUGUCGUACGACAUAAUAAGUACUUAUUUACAUAUCGGGUGACUGAUCGUUGACUUGAACAAUGUCUCACUAAAAUGAUGUUUCGGAAAGUAGUUAUGGACAUUAUUUAUUUUAGUUUAACUUGAUCUCCACUAUAUUUGUGUGAAAAUUUAACUUAUUAUAAAGGCUAGUGCACAUUGAUACAGCUACAGCGCUCAUAAUAAAAGCGCAAAUGCGUUUUAAUAUCAUGUCGGUGUGCAUUAGACUUCAUUUGAAAAUGAUGGUUACGUUCAAUUAAUGAACGCGCCCUAAGUUUUCGAACGCGCUCUGGUACUUUUAAUGCGCGUUUGAAGCAUGGUUAGCGCGUUGCAAAUGUGGACAAUUGGAAAAAUUAUUUGUUUCUAUUAAAAUGUAUAUUUGAUGCUAUCAAAAUAUUGCGUGAAAGACUAAUUUAUACAUGUCAUCCGUACUGCACGCGUCGGGUAUAGAAUAUUUUUCUAUUAAUUAUAUAACUUCCAAAAUGAAAGAGAAACUGGAAUACCUUAAAAGAUGCCAAAGAUAUAACAGUUUAAAGAUUUCCGUGUUAGACAGAGACGACAAGACGUUUUAGUGACGUCUAAUCUGACAUAGAAUUAAACUAAACGUUGCGAGACAGAGAUAGAAUGUUUAAUAUCUUGAUGAUUAUCAUAUUUUGUAUUCGUGUUUUGCGACUAGCAUUGAGCUAAGUAAAUCAACCUCAAGAAACAUCCCAAUAUAUAAUGCCAAAAACUAGAUAAAAAACAGAAGAUUCUAGUUGAAAAGCUAAUUGGCUUAAGCGAGAUUUUUUACAAAAAAAUUUACUAGUUUAAAAAAACAUAAAAAGGGGCUGAUUUUAAAUAUGUAUGAAACUUUUAUUCAAACCUGAGUAAACAAUCAUUUUAUUUAUAUUGAGCCUUGUGUACAAUACUUUUAAGAGCCUUUUACAAGUGAUAUACGAAGUUUAACGAAUAUAUCCGAAGCGCGUAGUCGGUGGCACUAGUUCGUAAUCUCUGUGUGCCCCUGUAGAUCUUCUACGUGUAGAUUUUAUAUCUAUCAUAUUUUAAUGUCAUUGUUCGUAGACAGAUUGGGGUAUCGUCAUCCAUAAGGGAUAUUCAAGCUUCUCUAAACUAUUUAUUUUUAUCGGAUAACGUCACAUAUCAUCGAGGACAAAAUAAAAAAAAUUGAACCGCCCAAACUUGACCAGGAAUAUUCAUACUAACAAAAAAAAUACCCUAAAGUGAAUAAACAUCUCCCUGUCUCUUUUACACGAGUGCAGCGUAAUUGGAGUGACGUCACAGGAGCUUUUUAGCAAAUUUGCAAAA